AUGUGGUUGAUCGCUGGCUGGUCCUACUACACACAGAGGAGUUGCUUUCAAUGUCAGUCGUGUUAUAUUGAACUCUGGUAAGCAACUUUUACAAAAAAACUUUUUUUUACCGAUAUUGAUUGUUUUCUAAAAUACGGAGACUUAAAAAAUAUAUUUAAAUUUUUUUAUUUUAUAUUUAAUAGGUGUUUUAAGAUAAGAUGUUUUAGCGUGUGAAUGUCCAUCAAUCAGAUACAAUGAAUUGUAUGUAAAGGUAGGAGAAGAAUGCCCAGAGAUCGACUGUUCUUGGGACUUUCAAAGAGAGUUUUUACGUUACAGACACUACAGAGUAUUCGUAAACAUUACUUUCAAGUUUGGAGCUGAAAGUGAAUUUAUUGGAUUUUUGUAUAAGAAUCCAAGGUAACAUCAUGUGCAUUUAGGGCUAAAAAACGAGCAAGGCCGGCCUGGACCAAAAAUUAAAAUGGGCCGGGCCUAAAAUUUGAGUCUAGGGUCUGAGCCAGGGCUUAAAACGUGGGUUCAGCCUGUUUCUCAUCUAUAUACAAGUACAUUAAUUCUUUUUUCUGUCUCAUCUAAUAUUGUAAUUAUUGUUCUAAUGUAAAUUAACAUAGUUUCCGACAUCUGUUUUAUAAUUUUAAAACGUAUUUUAGCCUGGACAGGAUAUUAAAACAGAAAAACGAAGUGACUACGGUAAUGUUCACUGAUUACUACGAUACACUGGCUACGAUAUGGUACCAUCGAGAGUAUUACAUUCACAAACAAAGCGACAGUUUCUUCAGGAUCAAUUUUCAAUUUGCUGAAGGUAAGCCUACAUAUAUAUACAAACUUGCAUAUACAAUAUUCUUAUUUGUUAGGAAAAGUGAAGUUUUAUAUAUUAUGGGUUAUUUUGAACAUUACACUUAUAUAAUAUACUAUACUUAAUAGAGGAGAGAUUAAUGCUUGAAACAACUUUAAAAGUUCAAACAUACUAUUUUAGACUGCCAAUGUAACUCAACAGAAAUAAAGGCAUCUGAAUUUUGGAAAAGUUUUACUUCGCCUGGUUACUCAUAUGAAUACUGUAACAAAAUGGACUGUAGUUAUCACUUUAUUUAUGAUAACUUGAACUAUUUUAUCGAAAUCAGAUUUCUGGAGUUGGACUUGAAAGAAUCGGAUUAUAUUAACUUUUACUACAGUAAUCCGUACAGUCAACAUAUUGUGAAAAAGUAA